AAUGGGUCAAAAGGCUACAUUUAGGUUUUUAGGAAAUUGAUAGAGUAUUGAAAUAUCUUUCAUUUGGUAUACAUGUUGAUUCAAGGGACUACGUCAUUCUGACCUAAUUAACAGAAUGAAAAGGACAAGAGGUGGAAUGAAAAGGAUGAGAGGUGGUUUUACAUUUCCUUUGCCCGGAAUAAGGGCGUUACCACAUAAUACAGAUGUAACAAAACAUGCACCAGCGUCCCAUUAAAGUGUAGAUGCAGUCGAAGUCUAUUCCCAGCAAAAGGUAAUUAGGAUUGUUACAUGCCGCUUGAGGGCACAUUUAGGCAUGAGGAGUUCUCGGCAAAAGAUCGUUUGCAUAAAAUGUAAAUUACUGUUAAAUAUCAAGGUUUUUUGUCAAUAAAAAUGUGAAUCUUAUAUUCAUCAUCAGCAACACUUCAUCUCACUAAACUUCAGACUUGUGUGAUUCUUUAUUUACUAAUGGGAGCCCAAAAAUUAUCUCAAAAAUUAAUAUUUGCGUGCCUGGACUGCUAACGUCCUUUUUCUUGGCAUACAACGCUGUUAUAUUUGCAGUACAGUAGACCUCAACAAAUGCAAUUGCAACGUUGAUGUGAAUUUUACCUUCCACGCCGUGAAAUUAUCCCUUGUGAAAAUUUUGGUUUUUCAUGUAUAUCACUCUGUCGUGUCUUUAUAUUUGAGUAUUUUUGUCUCUGAUUUUUAGUGUGUGCUGUUUUAUCUCCAUCAUUUCCAGCAACAAUAAAUAAAUGUUGGUAGGGUACCUGUGACCUUCGCUCAAUGUGUUCAAAAGUGCUUGCAACAGCUAUAACUUUCACUAACCUGUGCAAAUGAAGCAAGUGCGAGUGUAAAACUAACCCCACAAUUGGUCAUGCAUGGAAUGGUCAUGCCAAAAAAGUAGUCCAACUAAAUCAAGUACAUGGGUACUUGUAAAAGGCAUGUGGGUGCCUUCUAGGUCUAGUCUCUUGAAGUAAUAGGUGCAAUUCAGGAGUAGGUUGGGAUGGUAUAAUGUGAGAGGCAAGGCUCUCUUUUACAGUACAGGAACUCAUAGAAUCUGGGACUCCACACAAUGCCGGGUCCUAAAAAAGGCCGCAAACGGAAACAUGAGGGCAGCACAACUGAUUCUGGAGGAAGCAGCAGCAAUGACAGCAGUGCCACCGUAAAGAGCCGUUACUUCUCUGCGCCUAAAAGCAUCACAAAGCCCAAGCCUAAAAAGGGUGCAAGAUUACCAGCUUCAUUCUUUGAUAAGCCCUGUGAGGACUUGGCCAAGUCACUACUGGGUCAGAGGUUAGUGCACUUGCUUGGCAGUGGUGAGCGUCUAUCUGGCACCAUUGUUGAGACUGAAGCAUAUCUGGGGAAAGAGGAUUCAGCGUGCCAUUCCUACAAGGGCAACAGGUCAAGUAGGGUGGAAGCAAUGUAUAUGAGUCCAGGAACCUGCUAUGUGUAUCUCAUCUAUGGCAUGUAUGACUGUCUUAACAUCUCAAGCUGUGGUGAUGGGCAAGCAGUACUCAUCCGAGCCUUGGAACCCAAGGAGGGCAUCCUGACGAUGUGCAAGUACCGAGGCCGACGCCGCAAGAACCCAACCAAGGAGAUCAAGACCAGAGAUCUGUGCAGCGGACCAGGCAAACUCACAGAGGCCCUCCAGAUCAACAGGGCCGAGACAAACAAGGUGAACCUGGCCACCUGUUCCAACUUCUGGUUGGAGGCGGGACAGGGUCCAGUUGAGGCAGACAACAUUGUUGUAUGCCCUCGGAUCGGUGUGGACUAUGCAACACCGGAGUGGGUGAAGAAACCGCUGCGGUAUUACAUCAGGGGUGAGCAAUGUGUAAGCAAGAGGAACAAGGAAGCCGAAAAGGCGAUGGAAAGUACUUGAAGAUUGCCACUGUUAAAGUAAUCUGGUGAAAUGUAAUGGAAAGUUGUAGACAUAAAAUAUUGCACUUAUACUGUAAAAAUUAUGUCACUCAAGGUCCCAUGUGUCAUUCUCACCAAAGUAUAGAGGAACAAGAUUGUAUAAUUUUGUAAUUGACAUUUUACAAAAAAUCAUAUUUGUGCCAUGGGGUCUUUUUUUUACUGAAAAUCUACUGAAAUAAUUCAUAGUAGCGUAUUCAGCAGGGAAAUUAGAUUCAGCCAAAGCCUGUUGUGAAACUUUCAUUUGUCACAAUGUCACACUUUGUGAACAGCAAGGGCAUUGCCAUUUUCAUCAUUAGAAAAUACGAAAUGGGUAAACUGCUGUGAACCGAUUUUGUUUCAGUCCAGUUUUGCUUUUGAUGACUAUCCUGAAGGAAAGUUUCAUGCAGACUGGUUAGUAUGCAUCUAUUUUUUUAUUUACAAAUUCAUACAACCUUUUGCAACAAAGCACAAGACAUGCUUUGUUUGCAUGUGGACACAAGAAACAGAAAAUAAAGAACUUUCAAAGAACAUUGACGUGAUUUGCCAAGAUCUAGUAACAUGUCUCUGGUACAUCAGGAGACUGCAUAGGAACAUUAUUCAUUCAUACAUGUAUGUCAACGUGACCUGUCACCACAGAAUGAGCUGGAAGUAGGAAUGUUCAAAAACUGAGAUAUUGGUAUUUUUGAAUUCAGCAGAAAGAGAGCUUUCCAGUGGUAUGUACAUGGAAAACUUAGCGUAGAAGUAUAAGGUGACUGGAAGCUUUGCGUCUUUGUUCCCAAUAUUGUUUUAACAUUUAAGAGCAUUCACAAAAAUGCUAACGUCAAAAUUGCUGAGAAAAUGACAUUUUUAAAUGUAUGAUCCUGCAAAAUAUUUGGAAUUAACAGGAGACUCUUUCCA